AUGGCCGACAGAUCGUUAGCUUCAGAGCUCGAAUCGUUGUCUAGAAGACUCUGGUGUCUUCGCCGGGACAAUGCAAAUGGAUUUGAGAGUUUCUCAUCUUCACAAAACGCCUUCAUUUUGACAACUUUGCAAACAAACCAUGAGUUGUGGGAAGAUACUGUUCUGGACUUUGAAGAAGGCCACUCAAACAGCCUCAAUGACGUACGGCCAAUUCAGCAGAGCACGACGCAGGAUGAGAACGAUGGGGGCUGGAUGGGCGGACCUAGCCCAGUCCCAGGCUCUUUCCCCCAGAACAACAUUGCCUUAGUGCCGGGGGGUGGAAGACCUCAAUCACAACCCAUUCAUACAAGUAACGCGAUGCCUCAAGCUACGUUCAAUCAACCGAUGCCCGUUACGCAGCAAUUGAAUCACCAGGCACCAAAUGCAAAUGCUCGGCCAGCUGGCCCGCCGCCCAUCAAUGGACGAAUUUCCCCGAAUCCUAUGCGCCCAAAAACGCAGCAAAUGAGGAACACGCAGUCUCAACCAAAUGUAUCGCAGACUUAA